GUGGAGUUCAUGGCAAUAUAGACCAUGUUCCACAACAUGUGGGACUGGAACGAAUUUCAGAAGUAGAACACGGUCGAAGCUCCCGGGAGGUUCAGGAUGCCCGGGUGUUUCUAUUGAAAC